UAAAACACAGGGCUGGCUGUGUUGCAUGACCAAUUCUGACAUUUGAUGCAACAUGGCAGCACAACAACAAAACUUCAACAACAACAUAAACACUGACAACAGCGCCGGCCGGCGAGGCGACAAAACGAAAACGAAAGCGAAACGUCAUUCGUGUCGGGCGUUUACUUGGAAACGUUCAGCUUUUUACAGCGGUCUGAAGAAAAGUUCUUUGCAGCGGAGUUGUCCCAUCGCAACGGCGUUUAAAAUGCUUCCCCAAGACAGGAAAAUUCUGAGGCAACAUACUCGCCAAAACCAGAACCAGAAUCCGAACGCGACAGCGGUCUCGCGGCGUUCCAGGUUUAACGGCGCCUAUCAGCACACCAAGAUGAACAGCAACUCGAAGGCGGACCCCAUCUCGCUGAGCUUCCACGACUCCUGUCUGCGGAUGUCGGACGUGCAGCUGCUGCACGGUCCCCACUGGCUGAACGACCAGAUUCUGAGCUUCUACUACGAGUACCUGUCGCACGUGAAGUACAAGACGAACAAUGACUUGCAUUUCAUUGCCCCGGAGGUGACGCAGUGCAUGAAGUACAUGGACGACCAGGAGCUGGAGCUGCUGCUCGGCCAGAGUCAGGCGACCAACAAGCCGUUUAUCUUCUUUGCGCUGAACGACAACGAGAGCACCGAGGCCGGUGGCACCCACUGGUCGCUGCUUGUCUUCUCGCGUCCGGAGAAGACCUUCUAUCACUUUGAUUCCUACGGGAACAACAACACGAGUAAUUCCGUGGAGCUGAUGAACAAGAUCAAGGAGCUGCUGGGCCAGCGUCAAGCCAAGUUCCGGCCAAUGCGCUGUCUGCAGCAGGCAAACGGCUACGACUGCGGAAUCCAUGUCAUCUGCAUGACCGAUCACAUUGCCGACUACCUGAACAGGUACGAGAUGAUUGACGGGCUGCCGCCGCUGCACAUUGACGCCGUGAAGGCUAAGCGCACGGAGCUGCUGAAACUGAUCCUCUCUCUGGGCGGCAAGGGCUAGAUUCCCGGCUUAAAAGCUUCUCUCUCCAUCCAGCCAUUAGUAUUAAGCGACCAAAUUACGGAAUGUAACCCCACACGCUCUCUCUCCACCAAGUAUCGGAAGUAAGAGCGGCGAAGAUACCUGGAGACAAGUGAAUAUGAUAUCCUUGAUAUUGCUAAUUAUAGUUUGUUUUACUUCGUUCGCCAAGUAAGGAUGUUUAUUUGGAGAGCAGUGCCAGGCACACACAAAAAAGAAAACAUCACUCAGCGACAUUGGCACCCCAAGGAGGCGGUGCUUUUACAUAACCUUAAGUUUGGUCUUGCAAAUAAAGAUUUGUUUACACCGAAUGCGA